AUGGGGGUCCAGAAAUCCAGUCUCGCUCACACGAUAGGCUGCCCUGAGCUGCCGAAUGACUUCUCGGAGGACGUCGGUGGCCUUCAGCUCUUCAACGCCCAAGGCUCACCUCUUUGGUCCGGCGAGCAGCCAACCUGCACAGCGGAGCUGACCCUGAUCAACACUUGGGAUGGUAAGGAGAUGCAAUGUUCCCUUGAGACGAAGUCGGUCUUCGGUAGGACCUGGACCGCAAGAGACAUGAGAUGGGCCUGCGGCGUCACUUACGCCAAGGAUGAGCUGCACUACGAGCUCACAAAAGUAGCGCUGAGUUCGGGCUGCGAUUCUGCUGUGAUUAAGGGCGUCAAUGGCAAAACGAGGUACGUGCCAAGAAUUCGGCAGAUAAGUCAGCACCAUGAUUUCUACGAGGCGCAUUACUUCACCCUCACGGAUGAUGCGGAUGAGGUCACAGAGUAUGCGACUGACUUUUCCCUCUACGCCCAUGAUGGAGGCUUGCGACCGAUACAGAGCAUCUGCCCCGCAGGAUAUCUGGUGGUGCCUGGGCAAGGCACGAUCAUCGAUACGAAGGAGGCUUUCGAGGCUUACGCGGCCUGCGAGAGGUUGGAUGCAUGCUGUGGCCCGGCAAAGCACAGUGUGAGAGCAAGUGGUCUGACAGAGGGCGAGGGCCUUCAAUACACCGAUUCGGUCCGAAAGCUGGACAUGGUGCAGUGCGACGUGAAGCCCGCGGAUGGCAAGUACUUUGCCACCUGCAUCAAGAGUGCCAAGGCCGAGGUGGUCAGGCAGAAGGUUGCACUGCGGAGUGCGAACGAUCCGUUUGCGAAGCUUGCCUUUGGGCAAGGCAUGGAGCAAGCCAAGAAAGAUCAGCUGCUACAAACGCUGCUGGCAAGCCAAGACUCACAACUCACCUCCUCAGCGAUUCACAACUUCAUGACAGUCCUGGACGGCUACAUUGGCUUGAGAUGCGCAGCCUCCAAGUUCGAGGACGAGAUCCUGUCAAGGAUCACGGCCGAGAUCGGCCUCUUGACCCAGGCAGCCAUGGCUGUGGAGUUCGGGGCCGGGGGUACUCACGAGACCAAGUGGGGCAGAGAACUUGCCGACAACUUCCGGCACUCCGGCUGUGAGCAGGCCGCCCAUCCAGCCUAUUUGGAGGCCAAGCACGUUGCUGGCUUGCCGCCGCUGCGCUCGCCCGGAACAUGCGAGAACCUCCGGCGCUUCGACUUUUACACGGAACAUUAUAGGCAGCUGCCCGGCUACCUGAAGAUGUACUUGAGACAGUUUGCCUUGGUGCUUGCUGGGACACUUUACAAGGAGUUUGCAGAAGAUGCUUAUGACGACGACCGCUAUUCCAUCUUGACGGACUGCUUCAUCAGCGAGAAUGUGGCCAGCGAAAAUCGUUUUGAGCUGUCCAACAAGCUGAGGGAGCAGAUGCUGGCAAACCCGACGGAAAAGAGGUGGCUCUAUCAGCGAGUCCUGACGACCUAUCAUGACACUACUUUGUGGCACGACUUUGUUGAAGGUCUUGAUGUCCAGAAGGUGGCUGACUUCACCACCACAUUCAUCUUGAGGGCGCACCAUAUCACACGCUUCCUGUAUGGCGAGAUUGAUACCAAAAUCCCUGAAGCGCUGGGACAGCUCUACAACUUGCACUCUUUGCUGGCUGUCUUCUUGGAAGGAGUGCCUGCAUCUGUCACGGUGACGAUUGGUGGUGACAGCAAGGCAGUGGGGGACUUAGCGCGCCAAUUGCUGAAGUGGUUUCUGUUUGAGACAUGA